CUGUUUUAGGUCAGAUUUCUUUGAAAUGUUGUCAGUUUGGGUUGGAAACACAAACUUUAAACCUUAGUUAGUUAGUUAUUUUUGUACUUUUGGAUUACACAUACUCUACCGUUAUCUCUGCAUUUAACAUUGAAAUUAUACAGCUAUUUUUUUUCUGAUUAAAAAUCCUUCAAUACACAUGAAAUAAUCCCAUCAGUUAUUGCACACUCAUCAUUUACUUCAUUAUACUGAAGAACUGAACAAUAUUGCUUCAUGCUGUAUGACUCGUUUUCAUAGAGUAUAAUUCCCAUAAUGAUUUUGUCAUCAGCUUUAGUGUCCUUUUAAUUGCAAUAUCUCCAACAUUAAAAGAUAAAUUCACAUUUAAUUUUCUACAAUUUUUAAAAUAAAAAUGAUAAUCCCAGUUACAGUAUUGCCCCAUAAUCUCACAUAAAGGUGCCAUUUGGAUUUUCUGGUAAACAAACAAAGUUAUGUUUACAUUAAGUGUUUCUUACUAAAACGCAUUGUGUGUAUCCUUGAGGACCGACAAACAUGUUAAAUGCAUUACCUGUAUCAUUAGACAUUUUCAUACAACUUUUUUUUUAAUUAAGUAUAUUUCAGAUUGAGCAUUGUUUACAUCCAUCACUGUUCCAAAUCCAUAAAUACAUAUUAAUUCUAAGCAGGUUUUGAGUCUUUAGUGUGUUCACGCUGAAAAGCAACAAAAUAAAGUGUACUCAAAACUAGGGCUUCAACUGAUGAUUAUAUUCAUUAUCAAUUAAUCUGCCAAUUAUUUACUCUAUUAGUUAUUUUCUCUAUAAAAUGUCAGAAAAUAGGGAAAAUUAUGCCAAAUUACAUUUUGCCAGAUCCAAAGGUGAUUUCUUUUGUCCGAUCAACAGUCCAACAGGUUUAAAGGCAAUCAAAACAAUUGAUUAUCAAAAUAGUUGCAGAUUUUCUGUCAAUAAAAUUGAGGUAACUUGUUGGUGGUAGUGAGACACCCCCACAAAGAUCUUGGAAAACUAAUGAAAAACAUUAAAUGUGAAUGGAAAAAAAAAUUGCUGUUUCUUUAAUAAGCAGUGGUAGUUAAGUAUGUUGUGUACCCAUACAAUACAAACAAACCCAGGACCCACUUGUACGAAUACUGCUACAUAGCUCCACAAACUCAGUGUUGGCUGUUAAUGAAAAAUACUGCUUCACACUGUAUUAACGUUUGCUUCAAAUAAUUUUCCUGGAAAGGGGGAACAAAAAACUAUGGUAGGGCAUGUUGAGCUUAACACUUGUGAUUCGUUCUCAUAGUUAAUGUGUUGCUCUUAAAGUAACACAGCUUUAUCUGAUUGUUUUGUCUCAAAAUCUGGUUGCUAUCUGUCUGUUUCACAUUAACAACUGUCCUUGAAAUGGAAACACAGAGAGAGUCUCUCCUUUUCUCUGCAUUGAUCAAGGGUAAUCAGUGUUUCUUGUGUCAAAUGUGACUCAGAUUACUGUUCAUUUCACACUUUGCUCAAACUCAAUGAACCACUCUAGUUUGUGCUAACUUUCUCCUUCUGUUAACGCUUCAUUUCCUUACUAGCCUCUCUAAGAUCUGUCUGUAUGACCUUACCCAGCAGAGCAUGUUUGAGCUUUGUGCCUCAUCAUGUUUUAUGUUCUUUUCUUAUCUCACUCUCAUUGUCUGCAUCACUGCUCAUUACCCUUGACAUUAUUUUGUCCUGGCAAAAAAUUGCAAACUCAGCCAUCCUGGUGGUGGAUGCCUCUAUGAAUGGGCCCCACCAAAGGUUUGUUACAUUUUUUGGUUUUUCCUCUCCUUCCCUGAAGGUCUGGUGGUGCCAGUGAAUGGCACCACCGGAGAGAGCAUGUCUCUCAGUGUCACAGAGAGGAAAAUCCUGGCAGAGGAAUGGUGUCAGAAAGCCAAGGGAAAAAUGGAUCAGGUGAUUGUGCAUGUCGGCUGCAUGAGUCUGAAAGAUUGCCAAGAACUGGCUCGGCAUGCAGCACAGAUUGGGGCUGAUGGGAUAGCAGUCAUUGCCCCGUCUUUUUUCAAGCCCAGAGAUGCAGACGCGUUGAGGACGUUCCUCCAUGAAGUGACUUCAGUUGCUCCAACUCUGCCCUUCUAUUAUUAUCACAUUCCAGCUGUCACCGGUGUUAAUGUGCCUGUGAGGGAUGUGUUGGAAGGUAUUGAGGAGCUCAUUCCCUCCUUCAGAGGAGUGAAGUUCACUGGCAGCGACCUGAUGGACUUUGGCCAGUGCGUCAGCUACAGUCAGCCUCACUGGUCAGUCCUCUACGGCGUGGACGAGCAACUGCUAGCAGCUUUGGCUAUGGGAGCCCACGGAGCAGUUGGCAGCACAUAUAACUAUGUGGGAUGCCAUGUCAACGAGCUCAUAUCAGCAUUUGAGAAAGGCGACAUUAUCAAAGCCAGAGCAAUACAGUUCAAGAUACAAGAACUUCUCAGUCACGCCAUGAAAUUCGGCUUUGAUCUGGGAGUGAAUAAGCAGCUGAUGAAUGAGGUGUCAGGCUUAUGUCUGGGGCCCCCUCGACUCCCUGUGAUGCCAUGCCCUCAUGUCCACGCUCUGUCCAUCGCGCAGAAAUAUCACAGCAUUUUUCCUGAAAACUGAUUUGUUCAUACUGGAUUGUUUAACCCUGAAAAUCCCUCAAUCACCUCGACAUUUAGAGCUCACCUAAUGCCAGUUACUGUAUCUUGUGCUACUAAAGAAGUAAAUCUGAAUCAGACAGUCACACUUUGCAAUAAUCCUUACUGUUAAAUAGUAUAGGUAUAAACUACAUGUUCAUUUUUCCAACUAAAUGGUAAAUUUGCAUUUAAGUGUCCCUGUGCAAAUAGUUCCAGGUGCGCAGUCAGAAAACAGUUUAAGGUUAGGUAUAUCUCUAAAAUCAAUCCAAAACCAUCUUUGAAUUAUACAGCAAUUUAACAUUUUUAUCUUUAAUUGUCCUGGAAAUUACCAGUACUGUUGCAAUUUAAAAAAAAAAAAAAAAAAAAAAAAACCCAAUU